UUGGCAGGAAGCAUGUGCACGUUUUUCUCAUUCCAAGCCGUUUUUGGCCAUGUGAUAGUUCAUGACAGGUUUUGUGAUGUUCUACUCUAGAUUUCAGAAGAAACGGAGAACUCAGGGGUCUGGAGAUGGGGAAGACCCAUCCCCAGCAAGUCCUUAAUGGUGUGUGAGCCCUACUUGGCCUGUAGUCUGGGGGACCUUUUUCUCCUAGCUGGCCAUCAGCUGAUCUCUUCUGAGUUGGAUGACACAUGUGUUUGCUAGCAGUGACUUUAUUGUAUUCUUUUUGUUAAUGAUCCUUUAUUCCAUUGAUUUUUUAGAGUGGAAGGGAGGGAGGGGGAGAGAGAGGAAGAGAGAAACAUUGAUGUGAGAAAGACACAUCAAUUGGUUGCCUCCCGCAUAUGUCCUGACGGGGCCAGGGAAUGAACCUGCAACCCAGGUACAUGCCCUUGACUGGGAAUCAAACCCCUGACUCUUUGGUGUGCGGACUGACGCUCUAACCACUGAGAGCACUGGCUAGUGCAGCAGUGACUUUGUUUUAAAGAGCUCAAGGUUGCUACAGGGUUUCUCAGGAGACCUGGGCAGUAGGGUCUUCCCUCCAUUCCAGCUUCUCCAGACUCCUUUUUUGCAGCCAGACCUCUCCACUCUCCCCUGCUGGCUUGGCUGUGGGCUACCCAGCUGGCAGCAAACGCCCUUAGGUGGACAGAACAAUAACAUCUCCAUCGUUUGGCAUUGUGAUUUCCCAGAGGUAGGGCACUGAAUUCUCAAGGUUAGAACCCAAGCUCUGGUGACUCAGAUCUGCUUUCCCAUUGGUCUGUAUCCCUUCUUGCCCUCUGGGGCCUGAACAAAGGAGCAGGGGUAGGCCUUAAAGUCCCCCUAGCCUCCCUCUCUCCUGUGUGGGACCAGGGAGGCACUGGCCUGCUUGUCCAGCCCCUGGAGGCUCCCAGAAGGGAGGAAGGAUGGGCGUCACUCAGGUCCUAGAGGCUUUCAUUUACCAGUAUCUCCUGUUCCAGCGGCACCUGGGCCAUCUAGCGGCACUGAGCAGCCAGCCAGAGAUGGGGAUGGCCCUUGCUCCGCUUCCUGCUCAGCUGCCCCGCCCCAGCCAGCACCUGGGGUGGGUCUGGAAGAUCUUUCUCAACUUCCUUUGCCAAGGGGCAGGAGGAGCCUUGGGGACAGGAUUCCUGGGUUUUGCUUGUUGGGAGCGUAGGCCAGAUUCACAUGCGUAGGUGUGGGGGCUCUGAGACAAGAAGAUAGAACCCCUGGCCUGGAUGUUGGCCAUAGUCCACGCCGCCGGCGAGCCCUUUGUCUGGGAAGGGCCUGAGUGCUUUGCGCAAGGGGUGGGGGUGUAGGACGACUGGGAUCCGCCCCUUAGGUCCCUCCCAGAUGCAGUCCUCUGCCUGCAGCCCGGGCUCCCACAUGUCUGAGGGUCCUGCGCACGUCUGGGCACAUCUGAGCAGCUGAGGGGAAGCAUGAACGCCUCGCAGGCGGCCAGAGCUGCCUGGCUGAGCUGCUGCAACCAGUCAGGGGUGCAGCUGGGGCUCCCCGAAGGGCCGCGCCCCGUGCAGGCAGCCGUGCUGGGCGUGCUGUCACUGCUGGUACUCUGCGGGGUCCUCUUCCUGGGAGGCAGCCUCCUCCUGCGCACUCAGGGCCUGAGGGCUCUGUUGGCCCUGGAGCAGCAGGCAUCCCCAGAGGCUGAGCCUGGCAGCGAAGAUUCCUAGGCACCCCAGCUCCUAGGCACCCAGCUGUGCUUGGGGUUGCCUUGUCCAGGCAGCCCUAGAGCUGGGCACAGUUGAGCUGGGUGCCUGACUGCGAGGGAGGGAGCUGCCGCGGUGCCGGUGCGGGUCAGAGUGCGCUGAGGGCUGCUGCGGAGCCGGCUCCGGUUCCUCCUUCACUGAGGCUGCGGGUGCACAGGUGAGCGACAGGGCCAAGGGGGCAGGCACGUCAGCUCUUCAGCAUCUCUGGUUCCGCCUCGGGAAGUCCCAGGG